AUGGUUGAACUCCCUAGCUUUGUUAAACUCCCUAGCUUUGUUAAACUCCCAUUAAACAUUUCAAAUCUCAGGGAUGAUAUCAGAGCUACAAUACAGAUAGAAGAAGCCGUUUGGAGCGUUGAUUAUAAGAAUAUUAAAGAUUUAUGGACAUUUUUAUUCACAUAUCAGAACGUGCUUCAGAACUUUAGGGAUAUUAUAAUAUACGCGGCAAAACAUAGAACAUUUUCGCCUAAAUUAUACGAUUUACUCAGGAAUUCAUCAAAGUUUCCUGAUGAUCCUAACAUAAUGAACAUUUUAUUCCCGAGUGACGAUGUUGAACCCGAAAAUAAAGAAAUAUACAAUGCCGUUCUUCAAAAUAACCUUGAAAAAUUCCAAAAAUCAGUUAAACCGAACGAAUUAGAGACAAAAGUUAUUUCCUACAAAGAAAAAUCACUCAAUUUACUUGACUUUUCAUGUUUCCUUGGCGCAUAUAACAUUUUUAAAUACCUUUCAACAUUAAAUUUUGAUUUAACAAAGAAAACAUGCGAAUAUGCAAUAGCCGGUGGUAACGAAUCGAUUAUCGAAAUACUUACACAAAAGAACAAUCAAUUUGAUCAAUGCGCUUCUGUUGCAAUGAAAUAUCACAGACAUUAUAUUUUAUAUUGGUUAUUAACUAACUAUAGAUGCAAAUCUAUACCAACAUCCACAUGCCUACAAAAAUACAACAUGCUUACAGCUCAGUUAAUGGCAAAUAACGGUGCUUACUAUGAUUAUUUUGAUGUAAACGGUCUUUAUGGCUUUAUGAAGGAAAAGAAGUUCCCUAUAAGGAUACAGAAUGAAUCCCAAGAGCAAACAAACAUUUUCCUUGCUGUUUUGAACAGACUUCUUGAAAAUUUUGCUCCAACAUUGAACCAAGCCAUCUCUACGUUCGAAAGUCAGAUGGCAAGUAAUCCCAGUGCAUCUCACAAUGAGAUUAUUUCACAAAUUUUCGACUCUUUUCCAAGACAGGCGAAUACAUAUUUCCAAAUCAUGGAAAAAAUCUGCCAGGUAGCCAGUGUUGACCCAGACAUCGUGAUCCAAUACAUCUGCACAAUGUUUGACGAGAUAAUGACCACAGGAAUCACCUCAGUUUUUACAAAUCUCAGAGGAAUGUCGACUUUAAUGAAGCAAGACAACGUUUACCAUAAACAAUUGUUCGUAAACUUCAUGCAUUUCUUUGUUUGCGACCUUGCCUGCAUCAUUAUCUCCAAAUACGGACCAACACACGCUUGCAAACAAUUAAUUGAAUGCGGAUUCAAACUUUGCAACAAAAAUACACCUCUUCCAUGGCUCCACAGCAGUAUUAUACAGCAGUGGUCGGUCAUUUUCUCGUUGGUUAGCAAGCAAUACGUUUCCAGGAUAAUGAAAAUCUUCAGGAGACAGAUUGAAGUGGCUUCUACCAGGGAAUACACAUUCCAAAUGAUCUGUUAUAUCCAGUUGAACCUAAAUUACCCAGAACAUCAAGAAUUUUUGGCAUUUAUUAUUUCAACCAUCAAAAAACUUUACAAAGACAGAGUUUUGACCGUAAAAACUCUUCAAUCCCUUGCCAAACUCGUCAGUUCCAUGCAAAAGACUGUUUAUCUCAAUGAUCUUUUCGAUGUAAUUUGGAAUCUCCGCCAAGAUUCGAAACUCAAGGACGGAACCUUCGAUUUACUUGCCUCUUUGUUCCUAAGAGUCGAUAAACAAGAAAAGAAGAUGGAUUUAUUCUUCAAAAAGAGAGUUUACGCUCAUACUUCUCAACCCGAAAAAGUACCACGAAGUUUGAAAUUAUUUCAACGGUUAAUUUACGGUACACAAGUGCAUACUAAGUGGCUGAUGUGGAAUUGGGGCAUAGAGUCACCAACAUCUCCAUUAUGCUUCAUCAAAUGGAAUUCUCAGCCAAAAAUCAAGCAAAGUGACCAAAAUUCAUUUUCAAACCUUUUUAUGCAAAAUUUCUUUUCAAAAAGUGACUUUUCAACUGCUCCUGAAGCAUUUUCACAUACUUUGACGCAUCUUGCAUCGAUUGGUUUCAGUUAUUUCAUGCAGGAGAUCUUUCCAAAGUUUCUAAAUCUCCAAUUCAAUGAUGCAAGAUUUGUUGUUCUUUUAAUGACCGUUCAACUGAUAAAUUCACAGUAUUUCAUUGAGAACAACUUAUCAAAAGCAUCACAACAAGACAUUGACCAGUUAAACAAACUGCUGUCACCUAAAAUUGCUGAAGCUUUGAAAACAGUUAAACCAGAAAAUUCAGAAGACGCAGUUCCAUUUCCAACAUUAGAUACAGAGAUGAAAACAAGAAUGGAAGAAGCAGAUGGAAAAGUAGAAGAGAAAUUACAUAGUUGGAAAAUAUCUAAUCUUGGAAUUUCCAGAGUUUCCUACAAUUUCGCACAAGAAAGUCAAAAUCCAUUCACAACUCCUGUUCAAUUAGUGAGAACAUUGAGAUUUGUUUUGACUGCAAAUGAUUUCGCAACUUCCAAAAUGAUAAACAUGUGUGUAAGACUGAGUGCACAUAAAGACAGAGAAAUUGCGUUGGCAGCUUUACACAUUUGCAACAAUAUUUUAGUUUUACCAGCUUUGCAACUAAAAUUUGUACAACAGUUAUUGCAAAUGUCGAUGAAACCAACAACUGAUGAAACUUUAUUUUUAUGUUUAAGUUUGUUGUUAACUGUAUUAACCAACGGUGGAAAUUCAUUUAAAAUGAAUGUCUACCAUGAUAUAGAACUUGUUGCUUAUAUUGGUUUUAUUUCCAUUCAUCCUUCAACAAGAUUUUUAGCUUACAAGUUGUUAUUAGCUGUAAAUGAUUGUUUGAAAGGAAGAGGAUCAAUAACUUAUAUAAGACAAAACAUUCCGACAUUGGAAGGUAUAGUUAAACAGAAGUUAAUUGCAAAUAACAUCACUGAAUUCCCUGUUACAAGUCCUGCUCCUCCUGGAGUAAUUAACUUGGAAACAGCAAUUCUUUGCCAUUAUUACGAUUUGUGGAUUGUUUUCGUGUCAGAAAUCACGAAUAUUUUGAUUUCCACGAAUUACACACCGAUUUUGGAGCGAUUCUAUGAGAAUUUGCAGCCAAACAAAUACAUAACAGUUAACGGAGUUUCAAAUCAAUCUGCUGUUGCAAUUGGAACAUUUAUUUUGUUCAUUUCAACACAUUUUGAAGUGAAGACAUUUUUGUUGUCUCCUGCUCCGUAUUUAACAAAUCAAUACGAGCCAUACAAUCAGAACAUUGACAGAAGAGAAGAAGCAAUGCGUGAUCUAAAGGAAAUGUUGAAUUCUAACUCAUGGAUGGACCAAGUCGCGUUUAACACGAUACAAAGUGUUAAUAUUUCUUUGUAUCCAAGUGUUUUGAGAUUGUUAAAUGGAGUGAAAGUUGAGCAUAUCCCUGAUGCUGUUCAUUCCAUUGCAAUUUUGUUUAGAUCACCAACAAUUUGCAAAUCAUAUUUGAACGAGUUGUUGCCUGAUUUGUUUGAGUUUUUGGCUUUUGUUCAGACACAUUUCGUUCAAGUAAAAGUCAACAGCUCAAGAGCCAUAGAAUGGGAUGAGAAAUCAGAAGAAAAUGUCGCAAAAUACAAAUCAAUAAUCAUUGAUUAUUGUGCGAUAUUAAUCAUCGCAUUCACUAAACCAAGUAAUCAGAUAAAUGUCGAAGAUUGGAGUCUUCCAAGUCGCGAAAUUGUUUUCAGAUAUUUAGUUAACUGGAUGUCGACAACUUCUCAUUUAUUGCAAGGUUUGAGAGAAUACGCAGCACAAGCAUUGACAGCAAUGAUCAAAAUCAGUGAAAUUUUUAGCGAUAACAUAAUCGUCGAUGAUUCUGUAUUGAAUUUGUUGGCAAAAAUUGACAAGGAAGGUGGAAAUACUCUAUCGUUUUUGCUUUAUUUCCAUGUUGAAAUGUUAUUAGAAAUAUAUGUUGAUUGUUGCAUCAAAUAUCCUUAUUCAAUUGCUGAAUUCUUUAUUGAUGCGAUUUUUAUGGCUUUUGACGCAAAAAGAGUAGAUUUCAUUUAUAAAUUAUCCGGCCAAUUAUUGUUUUUAGGAAUUGUUCUUUGUGAAAGGGAACAUCCGAAGGCGAAUCAGUACUUAUGUGCAUUGGUUGACAUUAUUUCACAGAAGAGAUCCAAAGAAUCACAAGAAAGAAUACAAAGAGAAAUGAAUUCGAAAGAUUUCAUUAAAUUAUUACCAAAAUAUUUCUUGUAUGCCGCAGAAUCAAUUUUCGCUUCUGCUUUCAAAUGUUUCACUUUGGAAGGACUACAAACUCCUAUUUCCGUGAUGGUAGACGCAAUGAAACCAUGGCUUCCUAAGCUUAGAUUACUUCCAAAGUCCCCUUCAUGUGUUCCUGAUACUCCAACGGAUUUCCACAUGUUUACUCCUUAUAGAUUUUUGGUUGCUUUGAUGGAGACAACUGAAAAAGUUGGUCCGGACAAUUUCACAACAAUUGCUCCUCUUUGGUCAAUUAUUUUGAAUCUUCCUGACCAUGGAGAACUUAUUCCUCUUUUCAUCAGUUCGUGGCAUAAUCCAGACACAAAGAGGAAGAUGUUUGAGUACCUUAUUAACUCAGAUCCUUCUUCCGUUGUGAAAAGAUUAGUUCCGAGAUGUUCUUUCUCUUAUUAUUUUUAUGUCACAGAAUGUCUCAAGAAAAACAUCGAAGAAGAACUCUGGGUUGUCCCUCUUUUGGUCUCAGCGCUUCAGAAGACACCUGAUGUCAUUGUUGAAAGCCUUCCGAAGAUAAUACACUUCGCUUUCAUCAUAGGAGAUAUCAACAAAGACCUUUUGGAUGCAAUAACAAAACAUUUCGGAAUUCAGUUGUUUGAUGGAAAUUUGACAACAGAAAAAAUUAUUUCAACGGUGAUGGUGUUGAUUUCCAAGUUAAAUGACAACGAAACAUUGCAGACAUGGGGAGAAGAAUCAUUAAGAUUCUUAUUCGGCGCCAGAUCAUUGAAAGUCGCUUAUACAUCUUUGAUUAUUUAUAAUCAAUUAUUAAUUCCAAAUUCUAAUUUAGUUUGUUCUCAAAUUGCAAGAACUGCGCAUUUCCACCUUUCCAAUUUUGAUGAAAACAAAGGUGAUGAUGUGAAAUUAUUGACACAGUUCAUUGGCGAAACAUUCCUUUAUUACACAGCGAAUUUCAAUGAACAUGAAGAAUUUGUUUACAAAUAUUUGUGUUCUUUCUUUGAUUGUGUUACUUUCGUUGAUACUUGUUUGCCUCUUGCGAAAAGAUUGUUUGUUUUGUGUCUUAGUAAUCAAUUAACAUCUGCAAGUGCUUGGAAUGGAAUUGUUUCAUUCAUCAGGCCUUUGUUGUUUGAUUUAGAAACUGAUGACACGACACAAAAAAUUUUUGAUUAUUUCAUCAAAAGUAGUUCUGCACAAGAACUUCGAAUGAUUGUUGCCCCAAUUAAAGAGAACAGACCAGACUUGUUCACUACAAUGACAGAAACAACACAACAGUUGCUAGAAAUGUGCAAUGAAACUACUUUAUAUAAUGUUUUACUUCACUAUUCCAUGAUGAUUACUUCUUGUUCUUUUGGAGUUAUGAACUCUAUUUUUAGAAUUUCUGGACAAAUCAUCAUGAAAUACACGAAUGAAAACAAUAGAUCUCCUUUGACUAAGAUCUAUACUUAUGCCUUGAAUAAUAUUUCGAAUUGCAAAGAAGCAAUUAAUUUCAUUGUAAAUAUUUCGAAGAAAAUGCCUUCUGUUGCUUCCAAAUGCGCAUUUGAGUUUUAUACUUGGGCAAGGCCAUUGGAAGAUGUAACAAGAAGUGUUGGAAGAAUGCUUGAUAAAGAAUGUCCACAGUUAUCAAUGACUGAUUGCCAAAGCAUCGCUGCUUGCGCAUCUAUUUUGUCUGGACCUCCUCCAAAGAUAAAACCUUUCCAGAGCCAAAUGGAAAUGAUUGAUGCAAUGAUGAGAGUUACAGGAAAAAGUAAGAGAAGAAGAACAGCAUCAACAAGAAGAAUUUCAACAGCAAUGGCGUUGGUAAAUAAUACAAUUGAUAAAGGACUGCUUCCAACAGGAGAGAUGCAAGUACAAGCAUUGAAAGCACCUACACAAGUAUUGAUUAGUCCGACAUUAUUCAUUAAUACUCCCCAGAAAAUCAGCUUAGUCAUGACUCCUGAUGAAUUUGUUUAUUCAUAUUAA